UACACGUACUGGGUACCCCUGGUAUUCGUGCUCGCCGUCACGGUGAUCCGCGAGGCGACGGAGGAGAUCAGGUGCUACAUGCGCGACAAGGAAGUGAACUCGCAGAUCUACAGCAAGCUCACGGCGAGAGGCACCGUGAAGGUGAAGAGCUCCAACAUACAAGUCGGAGACCUCAUCAUCGUUGAAAAGAACCAGCGGGUCCCUGCUGACAUGAUCUUCCUGAGGACGUCGGAGAAGAAUGGGUCUUGCUUCUUGCGCACCGAUCAGCUGGAUGGUGAGACGGACUGGAAACUGCGCCUCCCCGUGACCUGCACCCAGAGACUGCCGACUGCUUCU